CUGUACGUUUCUAUAUUUAAGUGAGAGGAAUAACCUUAUAUAUAUAUAUAUAUUAUACAUUUCAUCCCCGAAUCAAAAGAAGAAAAGUACCUAAUUAACAAAGAUCUAGGUGCAUUUACUAGGGGAUUGAAUAUUGGUGACACUAAAAACAUGUCAAAGGAAGCAUCACAACAUUUUUCAAACAGUUCUACAAGUUGUGGCCAAAAUACUGAUGACGACGACGACAACAACAACAAAGACAACAAAGAAUCAGUCGUACUAGACUUAUUGGUUAUUUCGGAGCUGCCUAAAUCGGAUGGUUGGAAAAAACAAGGUAUAACUUUAUACCAAAAUUGUUGGUUCCCAUCCAAUCUCCUUCCCAAUGUGAUUGCCUUCCAAAAAAACUUCAAAGCCAAAUAUGAAGACAUAAUCAUGGCUUCUUUUCCCAAAUCAGGCACAACUUGGCUCAAAUCCCUUUUGUUUUCCAUUCUCAAUCGCCACAAAUAUUACUAUAAUAAUAAUAAUCAUAAUAAUGACAAUGAAAAUCCCUUACUCACCACAAUCUCUCACCACCUCGUGCCAGCUUUCGAGUUCCAAUUUUAUUCCAAUUAUCCCGAAAAUGUCCAUGAUCUCGAUACUAUGCCAAGUCCUCGUUUGGUGUCCACACACAUUCCUUAUGCAUCUCUUCCUGAUUCUAUUAACAAAUUUUCCAAGUCUCGAAUUAUUUACAUCAGUCGAAACCCUCUUGAUGUGAUCGUGUCUUUCUGGCAUUUUGCAAACGGUCAUCCAGAGCGUCUCUCGCGCGAGUGGACUGUUGAAUAUUUUGUGGACAUGUUUUGUAAGGGGGACAUUACCUUUGGGCCUUAUUGGGAGCAUGUUUUAGGGUACUGGAAAGCAAGUUUAGCGAGGCCUGAGAAUGUGUUGUUUUUGAAAUACGAAGACCUAAAAAAAGACAGUGUUGGUCAACUUAAAAAGAUAGCAAAGUUCGUAGGAAUGCCUUUCUCCCAAGAGGAAGAGAAUGAUGGAGUUGUUGAGCAAAUAUUGGAGAUGUGUAGUUUGAGUAAAUUGAAGAAUUUGGAUGUGAAUAAGUAUGGUGAAGUAAGGCCAAACAUUCAUAAUAAAAUUUUCUUUAGAAAAGGUCAAGUUGGUGAUUGGAUUAAUCAUCUUACUCCAUCUAUGGUAGAGCGUGUAAAAAAUAUAAUUAUAGAAAAAUUGAAUGAUUCUGGUCUGUCAUUCAAACUGUAGUCGUAAUUAUUAUAUGUAUUUUGUAUGAUUGUCUUAUAUAUAUGUUUAUUAAUUAUUUUA